AUGCCGCGCUUUGCAGCAGGUACUGGGAUACCUAUUCGUAAUGUCGAUAAUGAAGGCUCUGCUCCCGCUUCUGCGGUCUACAACCCACAGGUCCCAGAUCGGUUCCGUGUGAAGAACCGCCGCAAGCGCUACCUCGACACGCACCCCGAGUAUUUUGGACCGCAGCUUGAGCUGGCAGAUCCAUUAUUAUAUGAUCGCCUUAUUCGCAGGUUCCAAACGCCUGCAGAGCGUGAAGCCGAAGGCCGCCAGAAGGGCUACUCCGGCAUUCUUGAGGCGGACAUCUAUCGUAGUGAGGCGAAGCUCGACGCUUUACGGCAUCCUGAUCCGAAUAGCAUGUUUACGUACAGGCGCGGGCCAAGCGGAGAGAUACUGGCUGAAGAUAGGGACGAAGUUCCUGCCAACAAAGAGGAGGGACAGGCACGAUGGCGGUGGGAAAUGGAAACGAGGUUUUUAAGAGGUGGCGAUGAUGACUUUGACUACGAGGGCGUGGAUAACAAUCCGGAAUAUGAUGAUCGGGCGACUGAAGAGCGGGAUGCGGAGGACAAAUAUUUCGACGCAGAGGAGCCUGAGUUUGUCGAGGACGAACAUGGCGAUACGAGGAAGAAGAGUAAGGACCUGCAAGGGGAGACGGGUAUACAAGACUUCUAG